AUGGUUGAGUCCGAGUCCCUCAAGAAAGCCCAGCUUGUCUUGGAGAGGGUGACUGCUGUUCAGGAAGGCCUGGUCAACACACUUGAUCAGAUCAGCACGGCAGUUGACCAAAACAAGCUUGUGGAUCUGGCAAGCCUGCAUUCUCAGGCCCCCUCAGGCGAUGCUUGCCAAAUUCAGGACUUGGAGCCUGCCGCGUUCCCGCCAGGGUCCGACCGUUUAGAGGAGUUGAAGUUGGAGGCUGAAAGUGGACAGGAACAAUGCGAGCAGAAAGCCGCAGCAGCCAAAGUGACCCUGAAAAUCUUGGACGCGAAAGCCAAGAAGUUGGAUGCGGCCGGGUUGGCUUUGACAAAGGAGAACCAUCUCUCGUCACAGCUCGAAGACCUCAAGAAAGUGACAGAGAAGACUGCUGAGGUUUUUGGGGAUGCCCACCAAGUGAAAGGGAUGGACGAGGUGUUGGAAGCUGCAGGAGUUUCGAGCUCUCUGUCGAAAGCUUCAAAGGAGGAGGAAUAUGAGAAGUUGUCAAAACUGCUCAUCAAGAAGUACUUCGAGGCACUGAAUGAGGUCUCUCUUGAGCUAAUCCUUCAAAACGGGCUGCCAAUGGAGCUCGACGAGAUCGUUGCCAUCCUGGACGAGUGCGGUGCAGUACAGCAAAUUGGUGAGGCGGCCGGGCAAGGGAGGAAGGAAGUUCAGAGAGUCAAUGACGACCUCAAGAAGCACUUGGAGUCCGUCCAAGAGCAGCGAAAGAUUUGCAAGAAGAGGAGAAAGGCAAGUGAAGAGAACGAGAAGAGUUGUCUUGCAAAGGUCGAGAAGGCUAUCGAAAUCCUGAAAGGAGAGCUUGGCAAAUACAAGGACGCUGUCAUCACCAACGAGGAAGUUUUCGAUGCCGAAUCAUGUCAGGCACAGAUCGCGGUUCAGACAAAACUGCAGAUCGACGCGCAAGCGAUCCUGGAUGAGAUCAAUCGGGCGAAAGACAUCUCUCCAGCAGCAGAUGCUGCCCUUGCAUCGUGUGCCAAGAAGGCAGUGGAGCUCGAACAGGAGAUCGACACAGCCACCAAGGAGACAGCCGCAGGGUUGAAUGAGACGGCUCAGCUGCCUUCGACUUUGGCCAUGGAGGGCACCCAGGUUGCCUUGAACAUCUUGUUACGCGCAGAGGAUCAGAAGAAGAAACAGAUCCAGGUGACGGAGAAGGAGCUGGCGAAAUGCGAGUGCGAUUUGAAGAAGUUAGAACAAGGGACGGGACCUCGGAAUCACCUUGCCCAAAAGAAAAGCGAGGUCAACGAAAAGAACAUGGCGUUGCAAGAGCAGAGGAUGGAACUUGGCCAGGUGCAGGACAAGAAAGGCAAAGCUGAGCAGCAACUGGAGUCUCUCACAGGGUUGGAGAACAUGAAGUACGUGUUCAACAAGACUGAAAUUUCCCGAUCCACCGAAGAGAAGGUCAAAAAGAAUGCUGGCGACUUCGAGAUGUUCCAAGAGGACGCGCCAGAGGCGCUACCGGCGGUUCCUCAAGAGUCCUACGCCUUGUCGAUCCAGCAUGCUCAGAUUGACAAGAUGAUUAAAGAAGAGCUUGCAAAGCAGCUGGCAAUCCAGGCUGACUACCACCGAGUUGAGAGAGAACAGUUGGUGCGACAGAACGAAGAGCUAAGCGCUCAAUUGGAGCAACUGAGAGUUGGUUCUGAAGCCUCGUCGGUCCCACAUUUCCAAGGUUCACAGUGA